GAAAUAAAUAUUAUUCAACAAUAACCACGCGCUAAUAAAAAGAAAUUGGGUGCGCGUGUGUCAACAUUUUCUUUUUUUUUUGCAUUUGCAUACAUUAAUUGUAGCUGUUGCUAGUUUCUUAAAGUUGAACGCAGGGCAACAACAACGGCGACUACAAAGUGCAAAAGCAAAAGUAAAUCAAAAUCAACAGGCAGUUAAGGCCGGCGCGAAGAGCUAACUAAACGGACGGCCACGGGGCAGAGCCGUCGCACAACUUCCUUACACACGCCGGCGUCAAGGAGAACAGUCGCCAUCACGACGUCGCCGCCGCAAGCGCCACCUCUGUCAGUCGAGCACUUGGACGACGCCAGCGCUGCCGAUCGCGGGCGUGUCUACAAGCUGAGGAAGAAGAAAUAUUUGAACGCCGCGCACAUAACAUAGAUUAGGAGCAGCAGGUCGGAGCAGCGCCAGCCGGACCAGUACACAGUAUGCCAGUGCAAUCGCCGAUUGAGAUUAGCAAUCGUGCCAUCGAGCAUAUUGACGAUGUUGAUCCGCUCGAGUAUCAUGGCCAUUGGGAGCCGGUAGGUGUUGCGCGCGUCCAGAACACAGGCACUUCGGCGAUGGUCACAUUUAGCAAAAGGAAACAACAGCCGUACAUUAUUGGCGGCGCCCUCGACACCAAUAUGUAUGUGUUCGAGCAGCUGCACUUUCACUGGUCGGAUUCGGAUGAGUCUGGUUGCGAGCACACGCUAGAGGGCAUAAAGUACUCGAUGGAGGCACAUGCCGUUCACUAUAAUGCCAAGUAUAAGGACUUUUCCGAGGCCAAAAACAAACCGGACGGACUCGCUGUUGUUGCUUUUUUCAUUCAGGCCUGUGGAGACAAGGAUUGCCCAGAGUUCAAGAAGAUCACCGAAGGUAUACGCAUUGUGCAAAAGAUCCAUACAAGCGCAUCCUUGGACUCGGACUGCCUGUCCUGGAUCGGUCUGCAGGAGCUAAGUAAACACUAUUACACAUACAAGGGCUCGCUGACAACGGCGCCGUACUUUGAGAGUGUCACGUGGAUAAUCUACCGGACGCCCAUUUAUGUGUCGCGGGGUCAGGUAAGCGUGUUUCGCAACUUACAAUCGUGUCCCAAAGAUGAGUCCAAGAAAAUAGUCAAUAAUUAUCGUGAGAUUCAGCGUCCGCACAAGGAUCCAGAAAUAUUUUUCGCUCGCAAUACAAAUACAAAGUCCAAGUUAUGAUGUGCUUGCUAAUGCCAUGAUGUGGUGCAUCUACCAAAAAAAGAAGAAGAAGUCCUACUCCGAAAGACCUAUAACAAUAAUAUUUUCCGCACCCAUAGGAAUCUGUGCUGCACUGGAUCUGUGCUGGUUGUGGUUAUCCACUUGUUUUGCUUUAAUCAAUUGAAUGUCAAAUGUAAAUCUUUAUAAUUCUAUGGUUGUCAAUAAGCUUUUGUUAGUUGCCCCGUGUACAUAGCUAUAUAUAUACAUAAUAUAUAUUCCUAUAUAUAAAUAUAAAUAUAUGUAUGUAGACGUCAAGUUCGUAAUAUAUGAAUCAUAGUCGGAACACGCGACUGCCUUGCAUUGAAUAUUUCCCAGAAAUGUUUAUUAAUAUUAAUAAUAAUAGCUUACAACCUUAACAAAGCUAAUAAAUAUGUAUGUAUAAUAUUUUAAAUAA